AUGAGCAGACUUCCCCCCGGCGGUGGCCUUCCAGAGAAGGACCCCCGUUAUGGAUAUGGAAGAGCACCUCAACCACACCCCCAACCACGCCCAAUGCGAUCGUCAGGCCAGGAUCCUUAUGCUCAGGCCCCGCCUCGCCCCCAGCCCACCGGCAACCAGUACCCAAGUGGACGGCGUAACAAACUCGCUUUGACCGUCAAUGACCAGAAGGCAAUCGAGAACAAGUAUCUUGAGGGUUACCACAAAAGCAACAUAGCUGCUGUCAACGCCCAAGAUUGGGGCCUGGGCGACGGCGAGACCGCCUAUCUCAAGGUAAAUAACCGGGGUCGUGAGUAUGUCAUCACGGUCAGGCCGUUCCCCCUCGUCGAACCGGGCGGCAUCUGGUUCGGCGAACCCCACCGCAACACCUUGGGGGUGGCACUCAACGACAGAGUGGAGGCAGAGACAUUCGAUCCUAUCGAGCUUGGUCCAAAGGGGUACCUGGGCUCAGUGGAUGUUACGAUCACGUUCGCCUCCAUCAAGAGUAUGCCCGCGACCCCAUUCAGACAUGAAGACCUCCAGGCUCUCUUCAUCAGCAAAUUUCAGGGCCAAAUCCUCGCCCCUGGUCAGCAACUGAUCUUCCGUAUUGUUAACGAUCAGGUUCCCUUGCGGGCCGUUGUAAAGGGAGUUACCUUGGUCGACAAGCCCGUUGACAACUCCCGCAAGGCAGGCCAGGCAAAUGAUCUCUUGGCCCCCACCGAUGAAAACCCUCUCACAAGAGGUCUCCUUGGUGAAUCUACCCAUGUCUUCUUGCAAAAGGGAGCGCCUGCCACAGACAAAAUGAUCCCCAUCAAUAUAACAGGCGCGCCGAGACGUGGUGCGAAUGCCGUUGUGCGACCUGAUUUCAAUUUUGCGAGCUUGGGUAUCGGCGGUCUGGAUGAUGAAUUCGCCACUGUCUUUCGCCGAGCUUUUGCCUCCCGAAUAUUCCCACCAUCUGUGAUUGACCAGCUAGGCCUACUGCACGUCAAGGGAAUCCUUCUCUACGGUCCCCCAGGGACGGGCAAGACCUUGAUUGCGCGCCAGAUUGGAAAGAUGCUACAAGCUAAGGAGCCUAAGGUCAUCAACGGCCCUGAGGUCUUGAACAAGUUUGUCGGCCAGUCCGAGGAGAACAUCAGGAAGCUGUUCGCAGACGCGGAAAAGGAAUACAAGGAAAAGGGCGAUGACAGCGAGCUCCACGUCAUUAUUUUCGACGAGCUGGAUGCUGUUUGCAAACAACGAGGCUCGGGCGCUGGUGGCGGCACGGGCGUUGGCGACAGCGUGGUGAACCAGUUGCUCAGCAAGCUGGAUGGUGUAGACCAGCUGAACAAUAUCCUGCUCAUCGGCAUGACAAACAGGAAGGACAUGAUCGAUGACGCGCUUCUGCGACCUGGUCGUCUCGAGGUGCAAGUCGAGAUCAGCCUCCCCGACGAGAAAGGUCGACAACAGAUUCUGGCAAUCCACACCAGAAAGAUGAAGGAAAACGGGAGGCUCGCAGCAGACGUGGAUUUGAUAGAGCUCGCCGGUCUGACCAAGAACUUCUCCGGUGCCGAGAUCAACGGUCUGUGCAAAAGCGCGGCAUCAUUCGCCUUCAGCAGACACACAAAAGCAGGCACCAUGGCCGGUAUCUCAAGCGAUGCGGCAGAUCUCGUCAUCACACAGCAGGAUUUCAUAGGCGCCCUCUCUGAAGUCACGCCAGCAUUCGGUGUAUCUGAGGACGAGCUCACCAAGUCCAUGAUCUAUGGCAUCAUAAGAUUCUCGCCCAACAUCGAAAGGAUCAUCCAGUCCUGUUUGAUCUAUGUGGACGGCCUCCGGAGCAACGCCACCAAGUCGCCAAACGUCUCCCUGCUGUUCCACGGCCCGAGCGGGAGCGGAAAGACAUCGCUUGCUGCAAGCAUCGCGCAGAUGUCCGACUUCCCCUUUAUCAAGGUCAUCUCCCCUGAGCUGCUUGUCAGUUACCGAAGCGAGAACGCCAAGAGUGACCAAAUCCACAAAUACUUCACGGACGCGUUUAAAUCGCCCUUGAGCAUCUUGAUCGUGGACGACAUCGAAGGCCUUAUCGAGUGGAACCCUGUCGGUCCGCGCAUGUCAAACCUCGUCCUUCAGACCCUCAGGGCACUCCUCCGCACAGUCCCGCCAAAGAACCACCGCCUUCUGGUCAUGGGCACCACGUCUCGGCGCGGCGUGCUGCAGCAGCUCGACUUCACGGACACGGUCUUCGACAAGGAGAUCGCCGUGCCCAGCCUGGGCGGGCUCAACGAGCUGGAGCAGGUGCUGCGCGAGCAGCAGAUCUUCCGCGACGGCGGCUCCUUGAACGAGGCCAUGAACCUCGUCGCCGAGGCCACGCAGGGCUCCAACCAGGUCGGCGUCGGCAUCAAGAACAUCCUCAAGGUCGCCGAGAGCGCCAAGGCACUCGACGAGGACACCAAGGCCAGCUGGUUCGCCGAGGAGAUGCAGGUGCUGAUGUCGAGGGGGUUCUGA